AUGGCAGAACGCGGAGGAGCAGCCCCAGCAGGUGAUCGUGGCGGUUUCGGAAGAGGAUUCGGAGGAGGAAGAGGAGGAAGAGGCGGAGACAGAGGCAGAGGCCGCCGCAGAUCUGGAGGCAGACGUGAAGAAGAAGAAAAAUGGGUACCAGUGACCAAACUAGGCCGUCUCGUCAAAGAAGGUAAAAUCCACACCCUUGAGGAGAUCUACCACCACUCUCUUCCCAUCAAGGAGCACCAAAUCGUCGACACACUCGUUGGUCCAACUCUGAAAGACGAAGUCAUGAAAAUCAUGCCGGUUCAGAAGCAAACCAGAGCCGGUCAGCGAACCCGGUUCAAGGCUUUUGUUGUGGUUGGUGAUAACAAUGGUCACGUUGGGCUUGGGGUGAAGUGUAGUAAGGAAGUUGCUACUGCGAUUCGUGGUGCGAUUAUUCUUGCGAAGCUUUCUGUGAUUCCUGUGAGGAGAGGUUAUUGGGGGAAUAAGAUUGGGAAACCGCAUACAGUUCCUUGCAAGGUUACUGGCAAAUGUGGAUCUGUUACUGUUAGGAUGGUUCCGGCUCCUCGUGGUUCGGGGAUUGUUGCUGCUAGGGUUCCUAAGAAGGUUUUGCAGUUUGCUGGGAUUGAUGACGUGUUUACUUCCUCCAGAGGAUCUACCAAAACCCUCGGCAAUUUCGUCAAGGCAACAUUUGACUGUCUACUCAAAACCUAUGGUUUCCUGACACCUGAAUUCUGGAAGGAGACUCGCUUCAGUAAAUCUCCAUUCCAAGAAUACACAGAUCUAUUGGCCAAGCCAACAGGAAAGACCUUGAUCUUGGAGGAAGAGAGGGUUGAUGCUUGA